CCCACGUGCUCCGGCUUUGUGCGGGCUGGCCCGGCGUUCCUUUCGCUUUCCUUUUCCUCUGCCGGCUUCCCAUGGCGGCCUGGUUCAGUUUCAGGGCGGAGGAGGACGAGGACGGGGACGAGACGUGCUUCUGGAGGUACGACUCCACCUGGGAGGAAGACGACGACGAGGAGGAGGACAAGGAUGGCGGUGAAGGCCAGCCUAAGGGAGCGGAGGCGGCCGCCGGGGAGGAGCCGGAGGAUGCGGAGAAGUCUGUGCUGAGCUCGCCUCGGGAAUCCCGGCAGGCCCAGCCUAGAUGGUAUGCUAUAUUCCUGAAGCUGCUAAUGUAUUUAUUCAAUACUGAGGGACAAAGAAGAUCCAAUUCGUCACCAUUGUUUCAGAGGAGUUUUAAGAUCUCAGGCAGGCGCAACUGGAAUGCAGCAAGAGACUUGCAGAGAUACAGGCAUCGUUACCCGGGUUUGAUAGAAUCAGAAACUGAUGAGGAAGAAGAUAUGUGGAACUUGAGCUUCUACAAAAAUGAGAUUGCUUUUAUGCCUCACGGUUUGCAUAUUGAAGAUCUGCUUGAAUCUUGGUGGGACAACUAUGAGGUUCUGGAAGAAAACCAUUCAUACAUACAGUGGCUAUUUCCUUUACGUGAACAUGGGAUGAAUUUUCGUGCGAAGCCACUCACGUGUCAAGAAAUUGAGGCCUUGAAGAAGUCAGAGGAAGCUAUGGAAAGGUUUAUACGUGCUUAUCGACUCAUGUUGAGAUUUUAUGGAAUAAUUCUAGUGAACCAGGAAACUGGAGAACUCAAGAGAGCAGAGAAUUGGGCUGAAAGAUUUCUAAACUUGAACCGGUUUAGCCACAACAAUUUACGGAUUACUCGCAUCCUGAAGUGCCUGGGGGAGAUGGGAUAUGAACACUAUCAAGUGCACUUGGUAAAGUUUUUCCUAACAGAAACUCUUGUUAAUGAGACAUUACCAAAUGUCAAGAGAAGUGCCUUGGACUACUUCCUGUUCACCAUCAGAAGCAAGCAGAAGAGAAGAGAACUAGUCCACUACGCUUGGCAGCACUACAGACCUCAGGGCAGCUUUGUGUGGGGGCCCCAUGACAAACUCUUGAAGUACAGACCCCACUCCAACAAGUCAAAGUUGCACCAAAAGGCUGAAGAUGAACAGAAAACUCCUGGUAAAAAGAUUGAUGGUUCAGUGGAAGAGGGUCAGAACCAGACUGUAGAGGAGGAACAGAAGGCUGGUGAUGCUGCCAACUUGCAAACUGAAGCAAAUGAAGAGGACACAACAGAGAAGAUAAGCAAAUGUGUUUCAAAAGGUGGGGAUGAUGAAGAUGAGAAAAAAACUCAAUUUGCUCAGCAGGAGAAGGAUUGCAACAGUGAGGCUGAAUUGCAAGAUGCAACAGAGAAUGACUGUGGAAAGGAGAGCAAGAAAAGAAAACUGGAUGCAAACUUGGCAGACGCCAUAAAGAGCGGACAACUGAAAAGCCCUUCUGACAUUGAAAAAAUCUCCAGUAAUCUGGAAGAAUGUGCAAUUGAUGCAGAAAUCCCCUUGGAUCCACUCUUACAGUCAGAAAAAGACCAAGAAACACCAAAAGAAGAAAAUGCGAGCCCCAAAGACUUAACAGUGCCAGAGGCUGGUGAUGCAGCCAUAAAGAGGAGGAAAGUUGAUAAGAGAACACAAAGAAAUAAAACGUUCAACUUGGCCAUCAAUCUGAACAUGGCCCCACCUGCUCACAGUGCCCAGUCACAUCCAUCUGUUUCAAAUGCUAAGACUGAAGAUGAAAAAGUCAGUGAGAAAAAGGCGGCUGUGGAGGAGAUGGAUGAGAAGGCUGAGGGCAAUGCAAAUGGUGGGGCUCUGAACUCCUCGGCUGCCUCCGUGCUUCCCAGCACUGCUCAGACUUCUCCAGUGAGUGAUGGCGUGGAGUCAAGUGCAGAUCAAGUCACAGCAAAGAGUGAUGAGCACCCCUGCAACGCCACCCUCCUGGAAGGCAACAGUGAGGCGGGUGGGGUAGAACAGCAUAAAAACACAGCAAAUGCGAGUGAAAAAGAAGGUGUGCAAGCCACAGGCAACGAACAAAUUCCAGGGAGUCCUGAGCAGAGCGUUGCAUCCUCUCGUGCAGAACAAGGCAGUACUGAGGUUGCAAUACAAAGAACAGGUAGCUCUGAGCGUGUGGCAGAGCCUGGUGAAGAGCACAUAGCAACAGUGUGAGAGCAGCACGGUGAGCACUCGAGCAAGCAGAGGUGUGCUGCCCUAACUACUGAGAGCCAACUUCUGCAAGCUGUACGCUGUGGAGAAAAUAAACACUGACUGGGCUGAUUCAGGCUCACCCCGUCUCAUUGUCACCCUUCCUCACUUUGAUAAGGUCAUCAGUAGUGACACUGCUGAGAACCAGCACUUGGUUGCCCUACAGGGGAAAACUUUAAAUUAGUCACCUUCCUCAACAAGCUGUGGUGUUUGUGUUCCUAUUUUUUAUCUGAUGUUCAGAAUUCUCUUGGAGCAACAGGGAUUUUUGCACUUUGCUUUGCUUCUGGUAUGUCCCUUUUUAAAGAAGGAGAAUGUUAAUCAGUUUCCUUGAUUUGAUUUAGUAUUUAAUAAAUACAUGAAUUUUAAUGUAAGAUAGCAUGAUGUAAUUUGCCAGACCUUUCUAUUGCCAUAUAAAUUCUUGGUUGUUUUGGAAGGCAGCACCUUCACAGUUUCCUGCAGAGGUGUCUCUUUCCUGGGGCAUUUGCCUGAAAGAGAUGAGAGUAUUAUGUAAAGAGAUGAGAGAUUUUGCAUCAUGUAAGAGUUUUGUUGCCUCUCCUCCUGUAAGAAAACAAGUUUGAAUUAAGACCAGGAUAAAAUGUGUAAUAUUAAUGUGUCUGUGACUGGUAUUAACCUUUGUGUACAGAUAAUGUUCUCCAUGGUGUAAAAACAUUGGGCUACUUGUUUUCUUUAUCCUCUGCAGUUGUUGUUUUGUAGCCCUUGUUGAAUUUAUUGAGAAUACAAAUUGUCUACGGGUUUCUAAGAGAAAAGCCUUCAGACUUUGCAUAGAGCUGUCUGGAGCACCUCUUCCCCUGCUUUUUCCACUGUGUUCAGGAGCUUGGUAGUCUUCCACAUGAACUUACCCACUGCAGAUGCAAAGCCCUUCCUUCCUUGAUUGCUAAAAUGGAACAAAUGUUUCUGUCGUUGUGUUUUCUCUGAUUUUGUUGCUACUUGAAGCGACCCGAGGGGCUCUUUUCUGCUGGCCUGCUGGAUGAAGCUGGAUGUUUCAGCUCUAACCUGCAUCCCAGUUGUGGCAGGAUCAUUCUACCAUUAAUGAUCAGCUUGUCAGACUGUGAGGUCGUGCUUGAGUGCAGCAUGUCUGGUUUCUGCUGGAGCUUUGUUGUGGGUCAGUUAAUUGAAGCUUUAAUUGGAGGGGAUAUGCUUGUCUGCUUCAUUCAUUUACAGCCAUCAACAGUUUACUUUCAGACCUCGCCCACUGUUCUCCUGCCUUCAUGCUACUGACCUCUCUGCUAGCUGUUCUGCCUGACUUGUGCAGGGUCCAACCGAGUCUGAGGGAAUAUAAAACAAUUUAGCACUUCUGCUCAGAGAGAUUUACAGCAGAGGAUCCAUUUCGUGAAGCAGAGGAAACGCUUUCACCAGCUGUUGAACAGAGAAGUCCGAUCUACUGCUUGCUCAGAUUGUUUUACUUUUGGUGCUUUUAGGAGGUGUUUAUUUCAUGUAGGAGACAGAGGCUCACCCACCUCACCAGAGAGCAGAUGCAGCAGCCUGUGUAGUGUUUGGCCUCUCUGCUACAGCUUUUUGUUUGUUAGAAGCUUCAUCUUUCAAGGAACUUGAUCUGUGAUUUUCCUCCCCAGGCUGCAGGCCCUGCUUCAGCACAUCAUAUCCUCAUGUGUGGGAACAGAAGUCUGCAAGCUUAGUAUUUAAUGGUGAUGAUCACACGUGUGCUGGAAAAAGGCUUCAGUGUUUUUAAAAUAUUUUCUUUCUUAUGAAAAGAUGGUGUUAAAUAGCCAAUAAGAAUGCACUUAGCUCUACAGAUAUAAAAACUUGAAGAUGUUGAGUAAAAAUUCUUUCAUAAAAGGCUCAUAAAGAAUUGUUAAUCGUGUUUUUUUGUAUAGAUUUGAGUAUUUUAUUUAAUGACAUUUCAUUGUGAAUAUAUGCUCAGCUGGGGCAUCAAUCAUAAAUCCUGUAUGCUAAUGUGCAGUUUGUCUUCUGUUUAAUGGGAUUUCACAGUGAGCCCUAAUCUGGAGUGCUCAAAACAAACCUUUCCCUGUUGUGUUCAGUUUAGAGUUUCGGCUGUAGGUGUUUGCAGUGAGUUCACAGGAUGUAUUUCAGCAGUCAGAGCUGUAUGACGGUCUGUUGCAUUAACAUCACCAAUUAAAGCAUGUAUUUAAUGCA